UGUCAAUUAUCUUGUGCGCUUCCAAGUUCGAGGCACGAGAGACCUUCAGGAUUCACGAAGCUGAGCGCUGCUCAUCAUAUUUGACGGAAAACUCCCCUCAUGGACACCCUGCGCAAGGUCGAGAAGCGGAAUAGGCCGCCAGUGUCGUGCGAGCCAUGUCGAACGCGGAGACUAAAGUGCGACCGUUCGCUGCCAUGUGAAUCAUGUUCAAAGCGGGACAAGGCUGCUUCUUGCCACUAUGCGCCAAACGCGAUUCGCUCGACAACGAAGCGUAAUGCUGGCAAGCCCAGAAACAUGGUGGACAGGUUGGAUGAUCUGGAAACCCUGUUGUCGAGCCUAGUCCCUGGAGCUCGUCCCCCAAAGACUCAUGAUUCUGAAAGAAUCCAAUCGCCAGAGAGCGCUGCCCCAAGUGCAAACAGACUGACCCCCGAAACACCUCACCUCCAACAGUCCGAGGACGGUAAUGUCAGCUACAUCGAUCCCAGCCAUUGGCAAUCUAUACUGGAAGAUAUCCGAGAGGUUCGAGAGCAUUUGUCACCUGGUCAGGUGAAGAACUCUGGCUCCAGUCUACAAUCAAAUGGAAACAUGCACACCAGCUCCGGUGACGAUCCGGCUCUAUACCUCGGAGCAUCCGCGCCUGGCAGCCUCGAAGCUAUCUUGGCAACACUGCCCCCACAACCCAUCUGUGACAAGCUGGUGUCCGGGUAUUUUGGCAUGCAGUUCAUGGUCCUCGGGAUCAUUCAUCCUGAAAAGUUCCAAGGAGAAUACAAAGCCUUCUGGGACUCGCCUGGGACGUCCUCGCCCUUGUGGAUCGCGUUACUCUUUGCAAUACUGAGCUUCAUGGCUGCACUGCGCCUCAGAAUUGACGCGCAAGGAUUCCGAGCAGGCGGCUUACCUGAUCCGAGCAUUCUGCAAGGAGCUGCGAAGCAGUGUCUGAUUCUGGGUAAUUAUGCGACUGCAAAUGAGCACGCCCUGGAGGCCUUCAUCCUCCACAUGCAGAGCUACUUCGUGACUCAAGGGGGAAAGCCUUCCAUGGGGCUCUGGUUUGAAAUGGGUACUGUAAUACGACUCGCUUUCCGCAUGGGCUGCCACCGCGACCCCGGCAGUCUGACUGGCAUCUCGCCGUUUGCCGGCGAAAUGCGCCGACGUCUAUGGCUGAACAUUGUCCAGAUUGACGCGCUGCUGUCAUUCCAAAUGGGACUGCCGAGCAUGAUACCCGCCCAGUUCUGCGAUACUGCCGUGCCGCGAAACCUGGAGCACUCCGAUCUGCGUCCAGGCAUGGAGGCAUUACCCCCUUCCAGACCACUCAAGGAGCGGACGCCUGUGACGUACACCAUCGUCAAGUCUGGGAUCAUGGCUGUGUUCAAGAAGAUUGUGUCCCAUACGCAGUUGCCCUCUGUCCCCGCGUACGAGGCUACCCUUGAACUUGAACGGGAGAUGCGCCUGGCUUACAGCAAUGUGCCUGUACUGUACCAGAGAUGUAACGUCAGUCAGUCGUUCAUGGACUCGUCGGGCGUCAUACUCGAGAGGAGCACGAUUGAGAUCCUCUACCUCAAAGGCAUCAUCGUCCUGUUGAGAAGGUUCAUCACCUAUGACAUGCAAAGCGAUGCCACAUAUGAGAAAUCGCGUCGGGCAUGUGUCGAGGCUGCUCUGGACAUCCUGGCCCGACAUGCCGACAUUGAUGCAGCCUGCCAGCCAGGAGGGAGACUGUAUGAGGACGGAUGGAUGUUUGACGCGAUUCCAAACCAUGACUACCUGCUUGCCGCCAUGGUCUUGUGCAUGCAUGUCUCAGUGUAUCUAAGCAACCGGGCGCAGACAUCUUACCCCGAGUCAGAUCUUGCAGAGCGAUCACGUCGUGCCCUCGAGAGCUCGGCUCGCAUCUGGCAGUUGCAGGGCUCACAGUCCCCGGAUGUGCAGAUAGCAGCCGAGGCUAUCAACGUCAUGGUGAAAAAGGUCGCCGAAAAAGAGCAUGGCAGUGGCGCAAGCUAUCUUUCCUCCUCCUUUGCGAGUAUCGCGACGCCUGACACAACAGACGACUUGUCACUGCCUUAUGCUGGCACCAUGGCGCAAAUGAUUGAUGGAAACGAGGUCAUUGACUGGGUACGUGUAAAAGUGACCCGCCCGUCUGUUCGAUUGACAUUGACUUUCCUUAACAGGCCUUACUCGACCAAUAUUUCCAGGGGACAGAAGGGGUUGGCCUGGACUUUGAGCUAUAGAUAUCGAGACAGGCCAUGAACUUCCCUCAUGCGCCUGCUAUGUACACUUGAAGAAGAUCUUCA